AUGUUGGGCAAGCGUGGACGGCCUCCGUUUAGUAGGACAACAAGCAUGUCGGAACUAAAUGUUUCCUCCGGGGAAAUCCCGCCGCCUUUGGUGCCUCAAAAUCCUAUGAUUGGCGGCGGUGGAUUUGGAGCUGUAGUUGUGGGUCCGUGUGGAUAUAAUGAAGGGUCAAUAUCUAUGAUGCCUACGGCAUUCUACAUGAGUGGUGGUUCAGGUCAUUCCGCCGCCGUGGAGACGGCGGAUUUCUUGAGGACCUGCGGCCUCUGCAACCGCCAUCUGCCGCCAGGUCGUGACAUCUACAUGUAUAGGGGUGAUGCAGCAUUUUGUACUCAAGAAUGCAGAGAGCAACAAAUAAAACAAGACGAAAAGAAAGAGCGGCGCGUCGUGGCUGUUUCAAGGAAGGCUGAAAGUCAUCACAACCACACUAAGGUGGCGGCAGCCACUGCCUCGGAAACCUCCGGCAAGAGCGAGACAAUGGCAGCAGCUUAA